CAGCCACGCGAUUUCUACGCGGAACCAACUGUAGGUGGGUCUCAUAUCCGGUAGGAACAUUUGUUGGUAACACCGGAGUCGCGCUCUCGAUGAAGAUCGGUGAGAAACAUGCCUAAGUUUUACUGUGAUUACUGUGACACCUACCUUACACAUGAUUCGCCAUCAGUGAGGAAGACCCACUGCAGUGGCCGCAAACACAAAGAAAAUGUGAAAGAUUACUACCAGAAAUGGAUGGAGGAGCAAGCACAGAGCCUGAUUGACAAAACAACGGCUGCCUUUCAACAGGGAAAGAUCCCGCCCACACCGUUCCCUGGUGGCCCUCCCCCAGGCGGUCCUCCUCGCCCAGGCAUGCUGCCAACACCCCCUAUGGGAGGUCCUCCUAUGAUGCCCAUGAUGGGGCCUCCACCACAUGGGAUGAUGCCUGGUGGACCAGGAGGCAUGAGGCCGCCGAUGGGAGGACCCAUGCAGAUGAUGCCUGGACCGCCACACAUGAUGCGUCACCCUCGGCCGAUGAUGAUGCCAGUCAGGCCGGGGAUGAUGCGUCCAGACAGAUAAGAGCGCGCGGAUCUUCUUCGUUCUCUGUUGGCAUGAACAGACGCGGUCUAGUGAGGACACUUGGUUUAACACUUGGGUUUAUCAAUGUGACCUUGUAAAUUCUCAAAUGUCCGAUGUCUUCAGUCCUGAAACUAAAGCCCCUGAAGUAAUUAUAUCAUUUUUGUAUAAUUACUUUAUUUUCUGGUUGAGUCUUGGUAUUUAUUACUAUUCACAUCAUCAGAAUUAAUUUCAGAUCCCUAUUUUAAAGACAUUUUUAAUUAAACAUCAAGACUGAAACAUCUCCUCUGACAUACUGUUCAACACACAUUUAAAGAGCAUUUUUGAUUAUUUUGUUAUUAUUUGUUACUAUAUUUUUCCUUUGUUUUAGGUCUUGACAUGUUUUUGUUGUAUUUCAUUACAUUGCUUUGAGAAAUAAAAUCGGGAUUUCAAACCUG